UUGAUUCUCAUCUAGAACAAAUAUUUUUUAAGGUGCGUGAUCCCUUGCCGUCUUCAAUAUAGCCCACUAUCUUCCAUCCCGGCUAACAUGUUCUCAAUAGAUUCAAAAUGUCUAAGACCAAGUCCGUUACCAAGAAGGGCGCCGAGAAGGCUGUCGACAAGACUUUGAGCAAGGUCAAGGAUUCUGGUGUGUCCAAGGCCACUCAGUCUCCCAAGGCCAAGAGCAAGCAGAUUGCUCGUGAGGCUGCCACCAAGAAGGAAAAGUCUAAGCGCAAGGCUAAGGAGCCCACUCCUAGCAGCAGCUCGGAGUCCGAGUCCGACAGCGAUGAGGAGAUGGAUUCUUCCAGUUCUGGUAGCGAGAGCGAGGAGGAGAAGCCUGCUGCUAAGAAGGAGGUGAAGAAGGCUGCUGAAUCCUCCGACUCUGAGUCCAGCGACGAGGAGAUGGAGGACGCUUCUAGCAGUGAGAGUGAGACUGAGAGUGAGGAAGAAAAGCCUGCUAAGAAGGUCAAGGCUGAGCCUAAGGCCGCCAAGAAGGCCGAGGCUGACUCCUCUGACUCUUCCGAUUCCUCUGACUCUGAAUCCGAGUCUGAGGAGGAAGAAAAGGCUGCCCCUAAGAAGGCUGCUGCUGAAUCCAGCGAGAGUGAGGAUUCUGAGUCCGAGAGCGAAGAAGAAGCCCCUGCCAAGGCCAAGAAGGCUGCGACUGAAGACUCCUCCGACUCUGACUCCGACGAUUCCUCUGCAUCCGAGUCCGAGGAAAGCGAAGAGUCCACCCAGAAGUCCAAGAAGCGCAAGGCAGAGGAGGAGCCUGCUCCUGCCUCCAAGAAGUCCAAGACUACCGACCCCGCCCCUGGCGCUUCCGCUAACCUCUUCGUCGGUAACCUUUCCUGGAACGUGGAUGAGGAGUGGCUUCAGAGAGAGUUCUCUGGUUUCGGUGAGCUUUCUGGUGUGCGCAUCAUGACUGAGCGUGACACCGGCCGCUCUCGUGGAUUCGGCUAUGUUGAGUUCGCCAACAGCGUUGAUGCCGCCAAGGCCUUCGAGGGUAUGAAGGAGGCCGAAAUUGACGGCCGCAAGAUCAACCUUGACUAUGCUACCGGGCGCCCUGCCAACAAGGAUCAGGGUGGUUUCAAGGACCGCGCCCAGAACCGCGCCCGCUCCUUCGGUGAUCAGGCCAGCCCCGAGAGCGACACCCUUUUCGUUGGAAACCUUCCUUUCGGUGCCACUGAAGACUCCGUUAGUGAGGUGUUCAGCUCCGCGGGUUCCAUCCUGGGUAUCCGUCUGCCCACUCACCAAGAGUCCGGCCAACCCAAGGGUUUCGGUUACGUCCAGUUCUCUUCCGUUGAUGAGGCUCGUAAGGCCUAUUCCGAGCUCAACGGCGCUGAGAUCCUCGGCCGUGCUGUCCGUCUGGACUACAGCACUCCCCGUGACAACAACGGUGGCGGUGGCCGUGGAGGUGGCCGUGGUGGUGCUCGUGGAGGUGCUCGUGGCGGUCGCGGUGGUCGCGGCGGCCGUGGAGGCUUUGGUGGACGCGGCGGUGGUGCCGGCGGUCCCCCCAACCGCGCCCGUGGCGGUAUCCCCGAGUACAAGGGCACCAAGGUGACCUUCUAAACUUGCAAGGUAAUUCCAUGAUCCGUUGAUUAUUGGGUUUCAAUUUCAACAACAUUUGUAGCAGUAUUCUGUGUGAAAGUUCAGGGUCUAUCAGGAAAAGUUUCGUCGCUGUUUUUCUUUUUCUUUUUCUUUUUUUUUGGAGUCUCAUGUACGGAAUG